AUGCAUGCAGCAGCUGCCUCAAUUUCCUUGCUGCACGCCUCCAGGUUGCCGAUUAUGCCUGGAUCAAAUGUUGGACGCUGGCACCAUGUUACUCGUGUCAGACCAGUCCAACGACUAGCCGCAAGGCCCAUUGACGCACCUGCGCCUUCUGUAGCUGAUCUAGCUGAUGGUCUCGCCAAACUCACCAUCCAGAAGGUUCAGCCUGUUCGCGUUGCUUCUGGAAGCUCGCGUUCUUCAGCUUCAUCUGUCUCUAUCACAAAGGCGGCCAAGAAAUUGGUCGACGACAGAAUAGCAGCUCGACGACACAAAGUCGUCAGUGAAACAGUCAAGCAGGCCAGCAAUGACAAGCGAGGGGCUUCAGCCAAACCCAAGUCACUCGCGGCCAGAUCGACAGGCGUCGCCGCUAGGAAGAAGAAGCCAGUCAAUAUUCCUUCUUCUGUGGAUGCACGCUCGGCCUCAUGGACCACGGUCUCGGACACGACAAAUUCAACGAGUACCUGGCGUACUUGUUCCACGUCUGAGUCGCGGCCAUGCAUUGCUGGUUCUGUUAAGCCCCACUAUCCCGGGUCAACUGCAGACAAUUCUUGCUCUACGAGCGAGUGCCCUGAAGCUGUCACUUCGGAUGAUGAAUCCAUAUGUGACGGGGGAAGGCGCACAAUGCAGUUGUUAUUGGGGCCGGGAUACCGACCUAUCAUGUCCAAGGAGGAAUUCCGUAGGGAAUACUCCGGAAUCGACAGAAGGCCACCAUUCGUGCUUGAUCGCGAUGCACAUCUAUGGCCUGACUGGGACCCAGUCAUGGGGUUCCGAGACUGUCCUGAUUCACGGCUGGACAAGUUCCGGGAGGACGAUGAAUUCCAGACAACAGACAAGCAACCAUUUGUCGGAAGAACUCCUGAGGAAAGAGCCGAGGAUGAUAGGUCGGAAGGGGAAUGGCUGAGCGAGGUCAAUGCCAUAUCCCUCCAUCUCUGGAACAAGAAAUUGCAUCCGGAGCAUGGAAGCAGCUGUUUUUGGUGCAGUUAUGACGGCAUCAGAGUACACUGUGACUUGGAUGUUUGA